GUUUGUUCGAAUUAACAUUAAUGUAAUGUCAGCCCCGGAUAAUGCCAGUCGUUCCUCAUUAGACUCAACGUCUUGUCGCGUGUGACGAUUAUUGUUCUUACAGUAAUAACUUAUUGGCUUUUAAUAUUUAAUAUUUUAAAUCCUAAUGUCGCCACGCCUUUGGGAGAACUGUCAUCGCCUUUCUGUUGGGAUUUAAGGUUAACCGCCACCUACACCCACGCACUGGUGGUCUACAUACUCAAUUUAUUUACUUCCGUACAUCACUACCACAAGUACAAAACGGUCCUAAUUGCCGGUUUGCCAGCGCAAGGGCCACGACAGAGCAGCUGUGGGAACGGGAGACUGUGGAGGAGCCAAGAAGAAAUGAGGCGGACGUGACGUCACAAUGACAUGAUGAAGAGCCUGGUGGGAAUCAUGUGGAUAGUCUUGGUUCUCAUAUCAGGAUGCUCCGGAAAUCCGGACGCAAAACGACUCUACGAUGAUCUUCUAUCAAAUUACAACAAACUCGUGCGUCCUGUAGUCAACGUCACAGAUGCACUUACUGUUAAAAUUAAGCUCAAGCUUUCGCAACUCAUAGACGUGAAUUUGAAAAACCAAAUAAUGACGACAAAUCUCUGGGUGGAACAGUCGUGGUAUGACUACAAGCUGCAGUGGGAUCCCAAAGAGUACGGAGGGGUUGAAAUGCUUCACGUACCGUCCGAUCACAUAUGGCGACCUGAUAUAGUUUUGUAUAACAAUGCCGAUGGUAACUUUGAGGUGACCCUUGCCACAAAGGCAACGUUGAACUACACAGGCAGAGUGGAUUGGAAACCACCUGCUAUCUACAAGUCUUCCUGCGAAAUCGACGUAGAGUAUUUCCCCUUCGAUGAGCAAACCUGUGUCAUGAAAUUUGGCUCCUGGACUUACGAUGGCUUUCAGGUUGACUUGAGACACAUCGACGAAGUCCAUGGUAACAAUGUGGUUGAUAUUGGAGUUGAUCUUUCCGAAUUUUAUACUUCAGUCGAGUGGGACAUUCUCGAAGUUCCCGCUGUGAGAAAUGAAAAGUACUACACGUGUUGCGACGAGCCUUACCUCGACAUCACCUUCAACAUAACAAUGAGAAGAAAAACAUUGUUCUAUACAGUUAAUUUAAUAAUACCGUGCAUGGGAAUAUCCUUUUUAACAGUAUUGGUCUUCUAUCUACCGAGCGACAGCGGAGAAAAGGUCAGUCUUUCUAUAUCUAUUCUCCUGUCACUGACUGUGUUUUUCCUCCUGCUAGCCGAAAUUAUUCCGCCUACUUCGCUGGUCGUUCCACUACUCGGUAAAUUCGUAUUAUUUACAAUGAUCCUCGAUACUUUUAGUAUAUGUGUAACGGUCGUAGUAUUAAAUGUUCAUUUCCGAUCACCGCAAACUCACGUCAUGGCGCCGUGGGUCAGACGAGUUUUUAUUCAUGUAUUGCCUCGAUUAUUGGUAAUGCGCAGGUAUGAUUUAAGACCGCAAUACCAAAUAGAUCGGCGAAGUUACGAUCGUCAACGUGUGAUGGUAAGAACGUGCAAUGGUUUAGAAGUACGUGACCCGACGCUAUUUGCGGAGGAUCCAGGAGCAGAGUUUGUAGAGCCGCCUAUGCUGUUUCCAAGUGUCGACUCGCGAGAUGAAUUAAAUCCGCGAGAACUGGAGGCUGUUAAUCUGGGCAGCGGAUGUCAAAUACACGGUUCACCAGCAAGUAUACCACCACCACCGCAGCUUCCUACUGAAGAUAGCGUUGAUGCUUUAUGCAAGACUCUGAAUAAUUGGCAUCACUGCCCAGAGCUUUAUAAAGCUAUCGAAGCAAUAAGAUUUAUUGCCGAUCAUACUAAAAGAGAAGAAGAUUCGACUCGAGUAAAAGAAGAUUGGAAAUACGUAGCAAUGGUUUUAGACAGAUUAUUCUUAUGGAUAUUUACACUAGCGGUUGUUGUAGGCACUGCUGGUAUUAUUUUACAAGCACCAACUUUAUACGACGAUCGCAUACCCAUCGAUGUUAGACUAUCAGAAAUAGCAUCAACCACUGCCAAACCGCACAUCGUUACAACCCUCUGAGUAACGUUUGGUGUUUUGUAAGACUCAAGUUAUUAAUUAGAAGAAAACAUAACAAAAAUAAAUUAUUCCAUUUUAAAUUGGUUCGGUAAUUAAUGUACCAAGACUGCCGAUGAAAUUUCAUCUGUUAGUCUUACCGGUUACAAUCGAAUGAGCAAAGCGACAAGACUCAUUAAUCGGCUGCGUCUUAUGUCGAUCACAAGUUUAUUUUUAAAAAAAUAUAAAAAAUAAAAUAAAAAUACAAACAUAAAACAACGUAACGAGUGGAGGAUUACAAACAUCAAGCUGGGUAAUUAAUAAAUUCAUUUAUUUUAAAAUAUCACCCUUAAGUAUAAUAGUUUCCAUUAAAUCUUCAACGUGUUCCCAACAGCUACGCCAGGAUUAGCCGGCGUUUGUCUUUAGAUAAGUCGAUGGUAUUAAACGAAAAACGUGACUCGUAAGCAUAAUGAUAGAAUUAAUUAAACGACAGUUUUCGGAAAUUAAUAGACCGAUCAUGAUAAUGAUCAUGAUGAUGAUGAUGAUGAUGGUGAUGAUGAUAGUAGAAGAAGAACUGGGAGUUAUUUCGCAUGUUGCAGACUCAGGAAGAAGUACUAAGAUAAAAUCGUUUCACAAACGUUACAUCGAGCCUGUCAUUUGAAGGGGCCAUACAAUAUUUUGAUUAAAAAAAAAAUUUUA